AUGGACGCCGCAUCCCUCUUCAAUGUCAAGGGCAAAAACGUCCUCGUAACAGGCGGCGCAAAGGGCAUCGGCUACAUGAUCUCAGAAGGCUUCAUCACAAACGGCGCAACAGUCUACAUCUCCUCCCGCGACAGCGCCGCCUGCGCCGCCUCCGCCAAAGCCCUCACCGCCCAGGGUCCGGGCCAGUGCUUCGCCAUCCCCGCCGACCUCCAAAAGCUCGACGACUGCAAACGCCUCGUCGACGAGCUCGCACAGCGCACAAACGGAAAGCUUCACGUCCUCGUCAACAACUCGGGCGCCGCGUGGGGCGACGCCUUUGACACCUACCCGGACGCGGCCUGGACGAAGCUGCUCACGCUCAACCUCCACCGCGUCUUCACUCUCACCCAGCUCGCCGCGCCCCUGCUGGAAGGCGCGGCGGCAGCAUCCUCUUCGGCCUCCCCCGGUUCCGGUGGUGGUGGCGGUGGUGCUGCCGUCGCCGACCCGGCGCGCGUCAUCAACAUUGGCAGCGUCGACGGCCUCCGCGUGCCCCUGAUGUCGAGCUACGCCUACAGCGCGAGCAAAGCCGGCCUGCACCACCUCUCUCGCGCGCUGGCGCGGGAACUCGGUCCCAGGGGCGUGACGAGCAAUACCCUCGCGUGCGGCCCGUUUGAGAGCAAGAUGAUGAAGGCGACGCUCGAGACGAUGCGCGAUACGAUCGAGGAAGAGAUUCCGAUGCGGCGGAUCGGGACGCCGCAGGACAUUGCGGGGGCGUGUCUUUUCUUGAGCGGGCGCGCGGGGGCGUUUGUUACGGGGGCGACUAUUACUGUUGAUGGGGGAAUUGUGUUGGCUUCCAAGUUGUGA